AUGGCGGAUGGGAUGUUUCAAGAUUUUGAAGGAGACAGGAUAGCAAUUUCUUAUCAGGGGGUAGUGGCUGUUUUAAAAAGACAUGAAAAUUGUAUUUUUUUGUACGGGAAAGAGGCAAAUGACAUCCCUGAGGAACAAUGGGUGACAAGAAAGCUGACUAGAAAUCUUUUUAAACCUUAUGACGUUUGUUUUGCCCCAAAUAACCACCUUGUUGUUUCGGACAUUGGCGAUAAGUCUGUUAAGAUUUUUACCUUGGAAGGAGACCAAGAACAGAUAAACCAAUUUGUUAUUGGCUAUAACGCUACGCGAAGUCUGAUUGUAGAAGAUGUAAUUGAUAUAAAGAAAGAAUUAAGUUCAAGAAUACAACUGAAUUUUGAAACAGUUCGAGUUCCUCACAAUAUUGUGGUAGGCCGGGGUCCCUUAUUCCAGCUAUUUGUCACAUGCGGAGCUGAAAUAAUUUUCAUCAACAUGGACUGGAAUAAAAAAAACCUUAUAAAUUACUUUCCAAUUUCUUCGCCACUGGGUUGGUGCUUUGUGCAAUACGAAAAGAAGUUAGUUUGCGAUGAAACAAGCACGGUUAGAGAUCACAAAGAUAACCAUAAAGUUGGAGGCUUCAAUCCACUACUAAUUACUAAAGCUCAGUUCUGUGGCAUGUUCUAUCACGUCUCAGAAACAAGCCAUGCGGGAUUUCUGUGUCUUGACAGAUCGGAGUGCAAGAUUGGAAAGCGAGGAGAUAAAAAGAAAUUUGCUGAGACAGUUGUGAUUUAUGUGAGAGUAACGGACAAAGAUGGGCGAUUGAUAUUUCAUGCCAGAUACGGAAACUGUUACGAAGGUCCAAAUGCAAAUACAGCUCACGCUGAGUAUUUUAUGCUGAUUGAUGAAGAGUUCAGACAAGCUGUUAAGUUCCUCCAAGAUAUUAAAGGAGGGAACAUUAACAUGUACAUGAACAAACAACCUUGUUACAAGUCAACAGGUCAUGGUAAGAAAACAGAACUUAAAAUUAAAAACUGUGCACAGGAACUGCUUAAUUUCUUAUAA